GUCCACACGCGCCGAACUCUCCUCAGUUCUCAGCAUGAGCGAGCGUCAUGUCAUUCUAACCUUCAGUUUGUAACUUUGCAGUGUUUACUGUUUAGGAGCAGGCGGUAGCUACAUAAGUGAGACUUUUUUUGUCAAUUGUGUAUACUUCGUCCGGCCUCAGUAAAUACUUAUAUAUCAUCGUACUUAUUUGAUUAAAUAUUCUUUUCAUUAGAUUCUCAGAGUGCUAUCAAUUAUGGAAGUAGUAAUUCCUCCGGGUUUGGAAAAUCCGUUCCUUAAACAAAAUGAUGUGUAUACAAGUGAAAAAGUUAUCAAUGAAUCCGUGGAUAAAACCAGUCAAUCUAAAAAGAAGAAAAAGAAGAAAAAGAAGAAACAAAGGCAACUAGUUCAAGAGAAAACUAACGAUGAAAAUGUUACCGAAGUUCAAAAUGGAGAACCAGAACCUGAAGUUGAAUAUAUUCAAGAGAUUCCAACAAUUCAAGAUCUUGAGCCUAUGUAUAGGCAAUUCGCCAAAGUGUUUGAAGCAUUUAAAUUGUGUGGACCAGAUAAAAACGAUGGAAAAACUACUCCUCAAGACUCAUUGACAGCUGCGACAGCGGCUGCUGGAGCUAUUGCUCAGAAACUUACUACAAAUUUGAGAGAUGAAUACGACGUAGAAAUUCAAACGCAACAAAACCAACAGGGCAUUGGUGAAGAUGGUCUACCGAAGCUUUCUAAGAGGAAGCUUAAAAAGCUUACCAGGCUUAGUGUCGCAGAGCUCAAACAAUUGGUAGCAAGACCUGAUGUCGUUGAAAUGCACGAUGUCACAGCCAGGGAUCCUAAACUUCUUGUGCAGCUAAAAGCUCAUCGAAAUACAGUGCCUGUACCUAGACAUUGGUGUUUCAAAAGAAAAUAUUUGCAGGGUAAAAGAGGUAUUGAAAAACCACCUUUCGACCUACCAGCAUUUAUAAAACGAACUGGUAUCACAGAAAUGCGAGCUAGCUUGCAAGAAAAAGACGAAGGUAAAACCUUAAAAGCCAAAAUGAGAGAGCGUGCUAGGCCAAAAUUGGGUAAAAUUGACAUUGAUUAUCAGAAACUCCAUGAUGCAUUUUUCAAAUGGCAAACCAAACCAAGAAUGUCCAUUCAUGGUGAUCUUUAUUAUGAAGGAAAAGAGUAUGAAACAAGAUUAAGAGAGAAAAAGCCCGGCGAAUUGACAGAUGAAUUACGGACAGCGCUUGGCAUGCCUAUAGGACCUAGUUGUCAGAAAAUACCCCCUCCAUGGUUGAUUGCUAUGCAGCGUUAUGGACCUCCACCCAGUUAUCCUAAUCUCAAAAUCCCAGGAUUAAAUGCUCCUAUUCCAGAGGGUUGCGCAUUUGGAUACCAUGCUGGUGGUUGGGGCAAACCUCCUGUUGAUGAAACUGGUAGACCUUUGUAUGGAGAUGUAUUUGGCAUAACGAAGAAUGCCAACGGUGAUGCAAUGGAUGAAGAGAUUGAUAAAACACAAUGGGGAGAACCUGAAUCAGAAUCUUCGGGAGAAGAGGAUGAAGAUGAUGAGGAUGAAGAUAAUGAAGAAGAAGAUAAAGAAGACACAACUGGUUUGGUUACUCCAGGCGCAGAAGGACUUGUAACUCCAAGCGGCAUUACAUCCAUUCCCGCAGGAUUAGAGACACCAGAGACAAUAGAACUCAGAAAGAGAAAGAUUGAAAGCGAAAUGGAGGGUGGCGAUACUCCAGCUCUUUAUACUGUCUUGCAUGAGAAACGAACCGAAGGUCUUGGCAAUAGUAUGAUGGGAAGUACUCAUGUUUAUGAUAUGACGGGUGCCGGUGGACAGGCUCCACCUUCGGUUAUCGCCGCUCGACGUGGGGCAACGUCAACUACAGAUUCUCGUGCAACAGAAAAAGAAGGGGCUGUUGAAGUAGCGCUGGAUCCCAGUGAACUCGAUAUGGAUUCCGAAGCUAUGGCUACGCGUUAUGAAGAAACUAUGAGAAGCCGUCAAGCAUUAAAAAACGAAGAUCUUUCAGAUAUGUUGCAAGAUCACGUUCAGCGUUCCAAGUCAAAAAGAAAACGUCAACAAACGCAACAAGAGUCGUCGAAAUCAAAAAAAUACAAGGAAUUCAAAUUUUAAAUUACUUAUUAUUUAUUAUGAACAAUGUUAAACU